AUGUCAUCCGUCAAACGCAAGCAGCCGCCUGCCACUCUCCUGCAGAGGCGGGUUCGCCCCAGGUAUGAGCCGGAGCCUGAAUCAGAUGUCGAGGAGAUGAGCGAUGCGCCAAGUGAGGAGGGUGCCGGGUUUGACAGUGAAGACGAGGAGAUGAGUGAGGCUGAGAUGAGAAGCGGCAGCGAUGAGGAAAACUCCGAACUCGGCUCAGACCCCGAAGACGGCGAGGAUGAAUCGGAAGAUGACACCCCCCAACCCACCCACCAGCUCUCCUUUGGCGCCCUCGCCAAAGCCCAAGCAGCCCUAGGCGACAAGCUCAACAAGCGCAAGCGCCGCUCCAGCAGCGCCGCUUCCGAAGCGUCCAGCUCUCGGGAUAACAGCAACAACGACAACAAGUUUUCUCUUGAGAAGAAUCACAAGAAACCCCUGGAAAAGCCCUCCCGCACAAGCAAACACGCCCCUGUCGAGUUGUCGUCAAAACGCCAGGUCUCCCGCCGCCGUGACUUCCUCCUCGACCCAACAUCGACCAAACCCCAGCAUCGCGACCCCCGCUUCUUUGCGCCCUCCACCAUGUCGGCCACGUCGAAAAUAGACGAGAUCAAAGCCCGAAAAGCGUACGCUUUUUUGGAUGAGUACCGCGAGAAGGAGAUGCAGGAGCUUCGGGUGGCGAUCAAGAAGAGCAAGAACGCGGAGGAGAAGGAGAAGCUGCAGAAGGCGUUGCUGUCGAUGGAGAGCAAGAAGAAGGCGCAGGAGAGGAAGGACAAGGCGCAAAAGGUGCUGGAUGAGCACAAGAAGAAGGAGAAGGAGCUGGUGAGGCAGGGGAAGAAUCCUUUCUAUCUGAAGAGGAGCGAGCAGAAGAAGAGGGUGGUGGUGGAGACGUUCAAGGGGAUGAAGAAGGGGCAGGUGGAUAGGGCGAUUGAGAGGAGGAGGAAGAAGGUGGCGGGUAAGGAGAAGAAGUUGCUGCCUUGGGCUCGGAGGACGGUGGAGGAUCGGUGA